AUAUGGCAACACUGCGAAAUGUACAAAAUAGAUACGAGUUGAUGGAACUUUUAAAGUUUGGUGUCUGUGUUUCCCACAAUUAAUUUAUUUUUUAGUUUAAUUACGUUUUGUUUUUCUUGAGUUAGGAUGGAUCUCCCCAACUUUUUACUCCUUCUAAGGGAAAUAUUUCCUAGAACCAAUGAGCAAGUCAUUAGCAAUGUCAUCCAGAUGGUAGAAGAAAGUAGCCCUCUUGAUAGCGUUGAGCAAAAAUUUGAAAAUAUGAUAAAUUUACUAUCUGGCGACGGAGCACAAGGUCCAAUACCUAAUGUGGAGUUACAGCACAAUGAUGAGUUGUUUAGAGACCUAACGUCUAUUUAUACAAAUGUAGAUGAAGAAUAUUUACGUGAUUAUGUGAACUCGAAACCCAUCAAUUAUGAUAUUGAAGAUGCAAUUGAAGAAUUACAAUCACGUAAUUUACCAGAGACACAAACAGAUCCUGAAGUUCUCAACGAACGCUUGCAAGCUGCUUUACCGAACGCAGACCCAAGUUACUUGCAGAAAGAAGCUCGUCGAUUAGCCCGCCUUCCUUCUGAGGACGUAGAUACUUUUGUUCAAAACGCUAUUGAGAAAGGUGAUUAUCCUACAAUGCAGGAUUAUCUUAAGAAUAAAAAACAUACUACUGAAAUAGCUUUGUACACAGAAGGCUUCGACGUAAAGAGAUUUUUAGAAAUCAUACCUGAUCCAGAUGAAAAAUUUACAAAUCCAACCAGACAACUUUCUUUAAACGAAAAUGCCAACGAUAACGACGAAAAGUAUGCUCUGAACUUCCUUUACAAUCACUACAGGUUUAUAAGAAUGAAAUAUAUAGAUAUGGUGUUUAGAUGGGAACACAAAAAUUUAGUUGCUAUUACUGAUCGAUUGGAUAGGUUGAGCAAAAGUUUGAAGAAAGCAAGGCCUGCGGAAGCACCUUCUGUUAAUUCGGAAAAUGUUCCUCUAUUACAAGUGAUAACUUACUUAAAGUACCGCAAGCUUAUCAAACGAGAAAUAAAACUUAAAAACCAAAUGUACCAGCGUGCAAAGGAAGAAGCCCGAAAGUAUAACCUAUUGGAAACUUGUCAGUGUUGUUACGAUGAUGAAUUGAUACCUGAAGAAUGCUAUUUUUGCAUGAAGGACUGCGUUUUCUGUAAAGACUGCGUUAAAAGAGGUGUAGAAGUUCGCGUUGGCCAAGGUGAUACAAAAUUUCCUUGCUUAUCAAAUUGCAGUUCGGAAUUCAGUUUGCAUACUUUACAGAUGGUUUUACCUAACAAUAUGUUCCAAAAAAUUGCUCUAAAAAUUGGCAGCGAAGAAAUAAAGAACGCCAACAUUGAGGGCAUGGAAACUUGUCCGUUUUGCGAUUUCGCUAUGGUAUUACCGGAAGAAGAAAAAAUAUUUAAAUGUAUUAACGAAGAAUGUCUUAUCGAGUCUUGUAGAGAAUGUCGACAUGAAUCGCACAUCCCGAAAAGAUGUAAUGAAAUAGAAUAUGACGAGGACGUUAGGAGAAGAACUUUUAUUGAGAAUAAAAUGACUGAAGCCUUCACGAGAAUAUGUUACAAGUGUAAGAAAGCAUUCAUAAAGGAUACCGGCUGCAAUAAAAUGACAUGCAAUUGUGGAGCAAAGAUGUGUUACCUGUGUGGAGCAGCCAUCAAUGAUUACAACCAUUUUAGCCAGACUAGUUGCCCGUUGUUUAGCAACGAUGCCGAAGUGAAUUUGAGGAGGGUUUUAAAUGGUGCCGAACAAGCUAAAAAUGAAUUGGGCAAUGUUGAAAUCAAAUUUGAUCCUACCACAAACAUCCGGGAGUUUUUUAAUUCUGUUGGGGGUUAAUUAUGUUAUGUGAUAAUUAAGGAUUGCCUCACAAUAUUGUAAUUCACAUUGUGUCAAUCCUAUAAACAGGAUGUUACUGAAUGCAUGAAUUUAAUACUAAAAGUGGUGUAAUUGAUUUUUUGAACUUCAUACACUCUUGUCAGUAUGUACAUGUAUUUCGGUUAGACCCUGUAUAGUAAUUUAUACCCGUUUAUUGGUAUAAAACUAAUAUUUGUGCCAAUCUUUUUUACGUUUUUCAUAUUAUACAUAAGUUAAUACUUUGGAUUCUUAUAAUUGGAAGCUUGAAAAAGUAUAUUCAGUUUUCCUUAAAGCAAUAUGUUAUUAUAAAUAUUGGGUUUUGAAAUUUCUAUUGUAAUUUCAGUUUUUAAAGCACAAUAAAACAAGGCUAAAGAUGUAAGGAAUAGAAAUUAAAUACAUAUUACAUACAAAGUACAUUCCUCUUUUACCUACUAGGCUAUGGAAGUUUCUUUUUCUGCUCUUUUACAUUUUCUCUUUUGUCUACAUUUCUUCAAUCUUUGCCAUUUUUUUUACUUUUAUUUCUUCUAAUGUCAAUGUUCUUUUUCCUUGCCUUUUGUUUUUUUGUCUUUAAUGAGUUUUUUUUUUCUUCUGGGCUCGUCUCACUAUGUGUCUCCGAAUAACACUGAAGUCUAUUAGCUUAUUGUGUUUUACCCCAUGUUAGUUCAUAGCACCCACUCUGUCACCUUUGUACCUUGUACAAGUUUGUACAGAUCCUUGGGUGAGUGGGUUCUAUACGUUGUUGGAUUAACCUGGGGUUGUCCAAAAAGAGCCUAUCUUUUGCGAUCUAGAGCUUCGCAUUCGCACAGUAUGUGUUUGGCCGUUUCUGGUUUCUUGUGACAUAGUCGGCACAUGAGUUCCCCAUUGUACAUGCCAAUUUUGUUCAAGUGUCCCUUUACUGGGGCGUGCCCAGUCAUGAACCCUGUUAUCACUUUUAACUGGUUCCUAUUCAUUAAGAGUAGUUCUCCAGUUCUUUUGGGACAUGGUCUGCCUAUGAAGGCUUUUCCAUGUUUCCAAACUUUCCAAACCAACUCAAUUUCUUCUUUUCCUUUUCCGAUUGUCUAACUCCAAUUAUGACUUAUUUUUUUUACAAAAUAUAGCACUUUAAAUUUAAAGAGUCUAUGCGCGCUUAACUUUAUUGUGAACACUUGUGAGACAUGCCUGUAAGUGAUAAUCAGUGCCAAUGAAAAAUUCAUGAUAUACUUUUGGAUGUUCUAGUUUUUAUAAAAUUUUAUAUUUGUUUUAUACUCUUGCUAGAAAUAAACAAAAACGUUAUAUAUUAUUAAUUUUAAGAAAAAUGUUUGCAUUUAGAUGUUAAGUUAUUUUUAUUUUGAAUUAUAUUUAAUGGAAAAGCUCAAAGAUUAUUUGUUUACUGCCUAUAUAAUGAAACUGUUUUAAUUAAAUAACUUGUUCUAGAUCAUUUUCAGUCGUUUUUUCAAAUUUAGGAGAAUUAAUUUUGUGUGAUCAAUAGUUUAUCAGCCAGUUGCAACAACGUUUAUUCAAAAUGGACUCGAUAAACUUUGAGGGAGCUUGAGAAUGUGAUAUGUCUGAAUGACAUGAACUUCCAUUACUCACAGUCUAAUAAAGUUAUGGGGUCAUUAGCUAUUAAGAAAUUUAACAAGCUUUCUUGCAACUGGGUGUAAAUGUUUCGUAAUCAUAUUUUUUUAUAUUAAUUAAUCUUAAUAGUUUUGCAGUGGUUUUACCAUAACAUAAAUAUUUUUUAUUUUAUCCUGACUUCCUAGAUAAAUGCUAAAAAAUCAAGUAUGGAGUAGUUAGUGGAAAUGGCAUGUGAAUCCCCUAUUACUUUUUAAUUCUAAAUAUAUUGUUUUAUCAUAAUGAUAAUGUAGCAAUUAUGAUGUUUAAAUGAAAAAUUAAAUUCUAU